AUGUGGGAGAUCGUUAAUGAAAGUAGAGGGAAGAAUCAGUCUCCAUGUAAUGUCCCCCGCACCGUCAAAGAUGACAAGGGAGUUGAUAUCAGUGAUCCAAAACUGGUCUCAAACAUGUUUAACAAAUUCUUUAUUGAUGUGUCUAAUAGUGCAUCAACCUCAUCCAGACGGUCAACUGUCAAUGCAAUGUUUACGCUCAUCAACAAAAUAGUAAAUGCCUUGGAUAGAGGUAGAUCUGCUUCCGGUGUCUUUUUUUUCGAUCUUCGGAAGGCUUUCGAUGUGGUUUCCCAUGACAUCAUGUUGGAAAAGCUCGAAGGCAUUGGAGUUCGAGGAGUGGCGAACCAAUGGCUUUCAUCUUAUUUGAGGGAUCGUCGACAGCCGUUAGAAGUGUCCUUCAUCGAUGCUGCAGGCACUGUGAGGCGAGGGGGCGAUGCUACUCGGAUGUGCUGA